GGCUGAGUGAAGCGUCAGGACCGGUCAGGACGCUCGGAGUUGUGUUUAUAAUAGGCAUUUUGUGUAAUUAACAGACGCUGAUGGUAUGAAACACGCAAGAGUCGUACAGUGAGGUCGGAAUACAUCCUUUCUGAUGUGUGCAGGUAGCUGUCACCUGAUCCCACCACUACCUGACAUGGCCUCGACGAAUGUAAUGUGAGAAUUACAGCAAUUUCCACUGCCCAGGUCCAUAAUUCCACUUUGCAGCACGGAUGGAUUCCUAUCAGUUCCAUUUCGAGAGAAUGAGUAACAUUGACCUACAUCCUCUAAGUCUUCCGGUUAGCCGACUCUCACCGGCCAAGUCCAGUAGCAGUAUUGAUCAGUAUACCCACCACCACAGCAAAGGGGACUCUGCCUAUAGCUCAUUCUCUGGAGGUUCCACAGUCCCUGAUUACCCCUCUCCCUUCCUACUGGAUGAACUCCAGUCACACAGUCUGCACUACACCGAUCCGAAAUAUGCGAAAACUAAAUACAGCCCAAACUUUCUUCAAUCAGAUUCAAAGAGCAUGGACCACCUUUACCAUUCCAUGGAAGCCAUUGUGCAACAGCACAAUCAGAGCAGCAAUGGCUGCUCUAACAUUGAAAGUCCACCAGUUCCUACGCAUCCUUUACCACCCCCACCCCCACCACCUCCUGUACGCCUGGACAGUUUUGUAACAACCAGGAACCUUGAAAACUCAAGGGCACGUCAGAGUCCCGAAGGACAGUUUGAUGAUAUUUCUACUUCACAACAAACAGGUAAUCCCAAGGUAUUUGGUGUCCGGGCUGAGUCCAGCUGUGGUCACGUAAUUUCACAGAAUUGUCAGAGAGAUCUGCUCAAGCAAGACCUUUGGGACAAGGUUCUUGAACCACCAAAAUCUACAGGCAUUUUAAGUAGAGUAGAGCACUUGCAGCAGUCUUUGAGUGGCCAUUCUGAAACUCAGCGGAAGAGGUCGCAGUCAGCUUAUGGGGGUCCUGUUUCUGAGCAGCAAUGCUAUGUCAACUCUGUCCAUAUGCCACAGAACAUGAUCAGUGGAAAUAUUCAGCACAGAGGGGAAUUUUAUUUUGUUACCGGUGUCUUCAAGUCCUCUGAGCCCAGUGUCAUGCAAAGUGUUGGUGACAGUGCAAGCAUGGAAACCUCUAGUGAGUGGUCUUCUAAAGCUCAACAUAGAAGGCAGAGCAGUCCCAGUGGUCCAAGUGGUAGACUGUUUUUUCAAGAGGAUCACAAAUUCACCUUUCAGAAUGAAGUUGUGGAACAUCCAUCUUAUAAGUCAGAGCAGACCUCUCAAGGUGUGGAGGACCAGAGGGUCAUAAGUAGAGAAACUGGCAGACAUCACUCUUCCAGCCACCCUAUCUUCUACUGUGGUCCAGAGGACAGUUUGGUUUGUAAAAAGAUAACCCCUGCUACGAUUAAGGAAGACCAUUCCAGUCGCCUCAAGAAUGAUGAACAGAUGACAAGAAAUUCAAGACAGCCUCAAUUAGAUGUUCCAAGUGAGAAGAUCAGCAAGGAGACAACCCCACUUUUAUACCGCCUCACGGGAGCCAACAGGGCUUCAUUUACAAGCAAGUUCAAAAACAAUAGUGAUUGUGGAAUAGAAACCAAGAGUCCAGACUGUGGCAAAGAUAAGCAGAAGGCAAGAAAAGAUGGGCAAAGCUCUACUAACAGUGAAUAUCAUCAGAGUGAAAUGUCUAAAGAAGAACAACCAAAUGAUUUUUCCUACCCUUGCGGUACCUUAGAUGACUCCUACAAAAAGUAUUACAAGGAGAAACUGAAAGAUGCGCAAUCCAAGGUUUUGAGGGCAACUUCCUUUAAAAGAAAAGAUUUGCAACUCUCUUGGCCCCAUAGAAUCAAGCAGCAGACAAACAAAAAGCUUUCUAUCAUACAUGCUGGUCCACAAUCACAACAGUCUAUCUUAGACAAUCCCACCCCACAACUGCACAAGCCUCAAGGAACAGAGGAGGAGAACAUAAAAGACUUUUGUCAGGAGAUUGAGAAAGGAAUGGAAAAGGAAAUGGAGAAGCCACAGAAUAUUGCUCAACCACAAGUGCCUCGAGUAGGGUCUAGGAAGCGUUUGACGGCAGACCAGAAAAAGCUUUCUCAUUCUGAACCUGAGAAGCUACACCAGCUAUCAGAUCAACCUGCUCAUACGACCUGCCGCUCUCUUGGAAAUGAAGGGGAAGGUCUACUCUCAGAGGGUGAUUACGGUCUAGUGGCUGCCAGGCAGAAGAUGCUUGAAACACGAGGACGUUCUCUGUCUGCCUCCAACUUCUCAAAAUCAAGUCUGAAGCACUUUCAGCAUAAGGCCUUGGUAGCAUACAUUGAACGUAAAACUGGUCAAAAGGUUGCUGAACCCCAGCAGCCAGUUCCUCAUGUACCCAACCAAAGGAAUUCAACUGCAGGUAGGCUGUCUGACUUGAGCUCCAGACAUAACUCUGGCAUUGCAGGCUCCAAGAAGCUCUACAGGCCUCUCUCUGCAGGUCGCAUUCUUGACUCAGUGUCAAGUUCUGUUAAAUAUGCGCAGUUCAUCACUGCUCAGUCUACCAUUCACUCAAGGCAGUCCAGCUCAAAAGAGGAGUCCUCUACAGCAGGGAUGUCUGCCUCUAUGGAGAGCCUUCUAGACCAGCCUGAACAUCCGGAGUUCUUUCGGGCACGCAGCACCUCGACUCCCCAUGUUUUCCACGUUCGAAAACAUCAAGAUGAGUUCUCAAUCAGUCAUAACAAGGACAUUUUAAGGUUUCAGAGAAAAAUAGAGGAACAUACUGUGGUCCAUCACAGUCGUACAGCAUCUGUUCCUGAUGACCGGUGGGCACGAAUUAUCGCUCCAAGAGGGAAGUCUAUGGAGGAACUUGGAGUGGGGAAAAUCUCAAAUCCCAAAGUUCUCAGCAAGAGCUCAGAGCAGCUUGACCAACAGCAGGACAAGCAGGCUAUGUCUGUAAAAGAGAAGCGAAUCAGUAAAGGACAGGAACAAAUGAAGAGUAUGCUAAAUCAAAGCUGUUCCCCCAUGUUGAGCUCUGAAGAACACUCCGAUAAAUCUCAGGCAGGUCCUGAGAAGCAACACUCUAAGAAGCCAUCUCCAACACCAAACUCUUCAGCAGUUUCUUACUCCCAACUAAAUGCUUUGUCCUCUCCACCUGACUCAAAUGAAUUCCAUAGCAUUGUCUCUGUAAAUCAUAUACCCUCCCAUGAGGAUGAAAUCAAUAUGGCUCUUCACCGCAAAGGAACUAAAAAUAGAGAUGACACUGUUGUGCCUAUUUCUAGUCAUCCCAUUGAAUCUGGUGAGAUCAAGCGGGAUAUCAGAAAAGAGCAGGAGGUUUCUCAUCAGGAUGUGAGUGAGGCAUCUGUAUCUGCUCAAGACGUUUCCCUUAGUCUUGGAGUCACAACAGAUCCCAGUUUAUGGAUCUCAACGCUUGAGACAAAUGAAUUGGAGGCAAACAAUUGCCGAUCUACUGAAACAACAACUAUUGAUCAACCCCGAAAUGCAGUGCCUAACCCAUGUAAUUUGAUUGAAAGCACACCUAUAACUACAGUUCCUGUUAUUCCGGGAGUGGAGUCCAGCGAGACACCUGCACUUAGUAGGGAACAAAAUGGUAGUGAAAAGGAAGAUGGGUCUCUUGUGUUUGAAAACAAGGAAUGGAAGUAUCCAAAGGUCAAACUAGAGUGGCAGGUGCUAGUUCAGGAGGUAGUUUCAGCUGACCAGUCAUUAGCUCGCAGUUUUUACCCUUUAACCAAUCGGAAGACAGCUCUCAUGCUGAUGGAGCAGCUGUUGUCUGAGGACACUCUUCUAAUGGAGGAACACUACAAGAAAAAACAGGAGAAGAAAGUUAAUAACCCAGAGAAAGCCACAGACAGCACUGAGAUGCCAGAGGAUGACAAACCAGUGAACCCUCUCUCAUCUCUGAAAGAUGACGCUGCUCUCUCAAACAGCCAAAAAGACAAACUGUGCAACACCGAAAUAGACAUCAUAGAAAAGAAGAGACAGCUAAUAGCACAUAUAGAAGAGCGUUUGAAGUCUCUUGAGGAGGUCAGCUCCACCUUGCAGGACGAGGAGAAGGAGAACGUGGCACGUGGCAAUGCUAUGGAGACUCUGGUGCGAGAGAGCUGUGUCUCCGCUGAGCAAGAGCGCUACACACAGUUUAUAGGAGACCUGGAGCGGGUGGUCAGUCUACUGCUGUGUCUGUCAGCACGCCUCGCCCGAGUGCAGAACGCCCUCAGAACUGUGGACGACAACAUGGACACGGAGGAGAAACAAUCGCUGGACAACCGCCAUCGUCUGCUGUGCAAACAGAGAGAUGACGCCAAAGACUUAAAGGACAACCUGCACCGAAGGGAGCACCUGGUGUCCACCUUCCUCUCCAAACAGCUGACGGACACACAGCUCCAGGAGUACCGACGCUUCAUCCAGACCAAGGCCUCCCUGCUCAUUCGGCAAAAAGACUUGGACGAGAAGCAGCGUCUUGGAGAGGAACAGCUCGAGGCUUUGCUUAACAGUAUACCGUGAUGAAAGGUCUCUAUCCUGUGAGAUCAGAACCUCCAGAGACUCUAUGAAAUACAGAUCUCCCAAGAAGUGUCCCAUGGGCAUAACACUGGCUAAAGAGAUGGGUCUGAACGUGCCUUUCAAACAUGACCAUUUGUUUCCCUGAGACUGUAAUAACUUUGAAACUCUUUGUUUGAUGGUUAAGAUGACUUGCCAUGGAAACCUUUAAAUGAAUAGUUCACCCAAAAUACAUAUUCUGUCAUUAUUUAUUUACAGUUUGAAACCCAUAUGACUGUCUGUCUUCUGUGCAAAAGGAGAAAUUUUGAGGAAUGUACUCAUCGCUCUUUUCCAUACAGUUACAUUGAAUAUGGACUGGAGAUUUCAUGCUUCAAAAAGGAAGCAAAAGCAUCAGAACAGUGGUUAACGUGACUUAUGCAUUAUAGAUCAAGUCUUCUGAAGCCAUAUGACAGCUUUGGAUGAGAAACAGACUGAACUUUACGUUGUUAUUCACUAAUAAUCAUGCCCUCCAGUGAGAUGAACUCAAGAACCAGAUCAGUCCAGUUCAUGAAUGAUCAUCGUUGUGAACUGGAUCACCUGAUUCAUUGAAAAGAGCCUAAAGAACGAUUUGGAGAUCACUACAUCUCUUAUGAACUCUCAUAAAAGUCAAACAUGUUUGAAACAAUAUGAGGGUGAGUAAGUGACAUCACAAUUUUUUGGGAGAGCGAACUGUCCCUUUAAGAGCAAAGAAAUGGUUUAUUAUGGGAUUAAAGUAGAUGAACUAGGAAUAUGCCAUUUUUGGUAUUUGUGUUUGUUUUCAUUUCAUACUCGCAGAGCACUAAAAUGACGACCAAAAAGGAAGAAAAAGCACUUUUGAUACUAAUCUGCACAAAUUUAUUAGGAACAUCAAAACAAUAUUGUAAUCCAUCCCAAGUGUUUAUUCUUACUGAUUUCAGGUUUUAAUUCUUGUGACACUUGAUGCUUCAUCUGUCGUAGUGUAGCUUUUCAUCCAUGAUUUCAUGUGACACUAUCAUGUUGAAUGUAUUUAAUGAUAAAGUACCAUAAAAUAAUUGUGUUCUGUUCUUAAGAUUCUCUUUUAAAUUUGUUUUGUGUUGGAUAUUUAAAAUGAUUGGGGUGUAUCAUACAUUUUAUUUAACUGCCAUCAUUGCACAUUUGUGUACUGAGAUUCUGAAUCAACAGCAAAGCGAACAUGUUUUUUUUGUACUAAUCACAGUACUUAUGCUGUAUGGACAAGUUACUAACACACCAAUGUUAUUUGAACAUACGUUAACACGCUGACAGCAAAAACUGACAAAUGUUGGAGCAGCUUGUGCAGUGUCUGGUAGUAGCAGAUUACAUGUAAUCUGGAUUAGAUAAUGUUACAACAGUCAAGUACUUGUAAUCAGUUUGCAUUUAAAAAUGUGGGUAACCAGAUUACUGUUAAUGUUUUAUGGAUUACAUGAUUACAUUUUAUUACAUUACAAAUAAACCAGCAGCAAUAAUUAGUGCGUUAUUUACUUAUACAAAUAUAUACGUGUAAAUGUUACGUUCAAAUGCAUAUGACUAGCAAGUUGUGGUUUUAUUUCAUGUUUAAUAAGUGUUAUAAUACAUUUGGAACUGAAUACAUUUAAAAUUAGUGAUAAGAUUAUCAAAACAUGAGUAAUCCAAUAGAUAUCAGAUUAGAUUACCCAAAAAGUCCAUUUAAAUUACGGAUUACAAUUUUAGUCAUGUAAUUAAUUACUGGUACUAUAAGCUUAGUACCAGAUUACAUUUCAGUAGUAAUACACCCAACACUGAAUUUGUGCUAUUUGCAACAUUUUAAAAAUGUUUUAAGCUAAAACCAAACAUUUAUUUUCAAGCAAUAAGCCACAAGAUGCGAAGCAGAGUACCUAAAACCCCCAUUAACCGUGGUAAAAUCACUGUAACACACUCAUUAAAGUGCCUUAUUGCUUGUAUAAAACUGUGGCAACAGCAAUAUACAAAAAGACACCAAUGCUCAAUAAUAUUAUUAUUAUUAAUAAUAUACUUUUAUUAUUAUAAAUAAUUGGAAAACAACUCCUAAUUGUAGGUUGCUUAUGGCUAAGUGCAGUAAUACAAUAACCGUCAAAUGUUUGGACACAAUUCACUUAAUUUAUGUUUCUCAUGUUCCUGAAAAGGAAAAACCUUUUGAUCUGAAGGUUUAUGCUUUAAUACUUGAAAUUAGUUCUGUAGAUAAAUGUCCAUUUUGCCUUUGUAUGAAUUUCAUUACAAAAUAAAAAUUAAGACUAAAAAUACUAUGUAUUAUAAACUCAGGACCAGAUUAUUAUGUACACCUGUACAUCUACUUAUUCAUGCGAUUAUCUAAUCAGCCAAUCAUGUGGCAGCAGUGUAAUCAUAAUAUCUUGCAGAUACGGUUCAGGAGCUUCAGUUAACAUGAACCAUCAGAAUGGGGAAAAUGUGAUCUUAGUGAUUUCAACCGUGGCAUGAUUGUUGGUGUCAGAUGGGCUGGUUUGAGUAUUUCUGUAACUGCUGAUCUCCUGGGAUUUUCACACACAACUGUCUCUAAAAUUUACUCAGAAUGGUGCCGAAAACAAAGCGAAAACAAGACAAGUUCUGCGUAUGGAAAUGCCUUGUUGUUGAUGAGAGGUCAACAGAGGAUGGCCAGACAGGCCAUGUCUGGCCAGACCAGAAAGGUUCUAGAUGACAAAAAUGCUACGGUAACUCAGAUAACCGCUCUGUACAAUUGUAGUGAGCAGAAUAUCAUCUCAGAAUGCACAACACAUCAAACCUUAAGGUGAAUGGGCUACAACAGCAGAAGACCACGUUCGGUUUAAUUUCUGUCAGCCAAGAACAGACAGUUGAGGCUGCAGUGGGCACAGGCUCACCAAAACUGGACAGUUGAAGACUGGAAAAACAUUACCUGGUCUGAUAAAUUUGAGGGACACAGAUGGUAGGUCCACUGCAGCCUCAGCUUUCUGUUCUUUGCAUUGAUGAAUACUUGGUGAAAUUUUUUGUGUCAUGGCACUCAUCUCGCAUAGUUUCCCAUGAAAUUAGACUCAAAUAAUUAUCUAAGGACAAAGAUUUUUUUACUCUAGCCAUCACUGGAUAAUAUAAUGUGUAUAUGCAUCUUUCAUAUAGCCUACAAAAUGUAUUUUCAGUUACAAGACUUUUUGUGGUUUGGCAGCUUGAACAAAAGACCUGUUCAAUGUCUGGUUCAACCUCUGUCAAUACAGAGAAAUUGCUCAAUAAAUGUCACCAUUUCUAAUCUUAACUUUGCAGUUUCAUACACUAACCUACAAACUCAUUAAAGUCACUUUGUUCAUUCUUGAAGAAGUACAAAACCUUUGUAACUUUGAACUGCCGUCUGCUGCACCGCAUUGAUGCAUCCUGUGUGUGAUAUCUGUGCCUUUCCUACAAGAGAACGGACUUAAAUUAUAUAUCACCCUCCCAAUGCUAUUACAUCAGACUGUUAAACAAAAGCCCCACUAAGUGAAUUGGAAAGCACACGAAUUAGGCUUCUAAUUUAAAUGUCAACAGAUGUUAAUAUAUUGAUGUCUAAAAAGUAUUUUGUUAAAAUAACGUGCCGAUCAAUAAUCAAUUAAUCAAUAUUUUAUGAUAUCCCUAGUUAAUAGUAAUAAUAAACAUUGUGUAAGUGUGUCCAAACUUUUAUCUGGUAGUGUAUAUAUUGUGUCCAUUUAUCAGCAUUCCAACUAUCCAAAAGUUUCUUUGCACAGUCAUGAUUCACGAGUCAACACUAAUCCACUCAUCUUUUGUCACUCAGAUGAGUCAAAAUGAGAUGAGAACCGGGAGUAAUAUAAUCCUAGCAGGACUAUACUCUUAUUUCGCUAUAGCAAUGACUGCGUUUGCAGUCGCUACCUUGUCGUGAACCACUCUGAAUACUUUGCAAAUCAGACUGAACGAUUUGGUCGCAACAGUAGCAGUACACUUAUACAAACCGUUCGAAAGAACCAAAUAUUUAGCAGAAAUUAGUCAUAUUUUCCAUCACUAGUCUAAAAUUAUUUUACCUCCCAAACCUUAAAUUGUAUUGACACAUACAAUGCGUUUCAAAAUAUAUUCAAUAGGCUACUGUGUAAAAAUUGGCUAGAAAAUGAACUCUUAGAAAUGUUUUCUCUCACAUUUUCUUAACUUUUCUUGGGGAAUGUAUCGACAUUUGCUAUUUUCGUUCGGUUAAACAAACCAAAGUUUGCUUGGCCUUUGAACAGAGAAAGGCUAUGCAUUUUCUGUCAAGGGUCCGUGUUUUCAUGGCCUUCAAAUUUUCAUUGUCCACAGAAACGGCACCCUACAACAACAUGGACACAUUCUUUAGAAGUGUCAGAAGCUAUUUCCUGUUGUUGUAUACAAGUCCACCACCAUUUCCUUUUCAUCUGGCAUUGAGCAAUCAGAUGUGUUGAUGUGUCAGAGAUGCUGGAAGUAGCUUAUGAAAUGGUUGUGUGUGAGACUUUUUGCAAUGUUUGAAAUCCAUCCAUCACAUUCACUCACUGUCAAUAAGAGCGUUUGUACCAUACAUAGUGUGCUGUGAAUGUCUGUCGUUGUGUGGACUGUUUUGCUUUGCUUCCCUCUUGUGGUUGUGCUGUGUAUUAUUUGCCUUGGCUCUUUCCAGUGCAUUUGUUAAGUGGAAUGCAUAUUCCCAUUACUUUGUUAUCAUGUAAAUAAAGUAACGAUAUUUCCUGUGCACUUUAAAUUUGUUUUCAUUAGAACUGUUAAGAUUUAACUCUGUUUAAUAAGGUCUUUGUACACUUAUGCGAGGAGUCCACAG